ACAUUCCCGCCGAGAGCCAAUCCACAGUCUCCGAGUAUUGCGGAACUUGCUCGUUUGCAGCAACGUAAAUCGAAGUGGAAAAGGGCCCAGGAAAUAUGUAGCUUCGGUGAAUUAGGGCUCGGAUAGAGACACGUUCAAGAUGGUGUUAGAAAGCAUUGCUAGAAUCAUAAAAGUCCAGCUUCCAGCCUAUCUCAAGAGGCUACCUUUGCCAGAAACAGUCGGCGGUUUUGCAAAACUCACAGUGUCAGAGUGGUUACGGCUGCUGCCUCUUCUUGGGAUUCUUGCCCUGCUGGGUUACCUCACCAUCCGCCCUUUCCUGCCCAAGAAGAAAAAACAGAAGGAUAGUCUAAUCAACCUGAAGAUUCAAAAGGAAAACCCUAAAGUCGUCAACGAAAUCGACAUUGAAGAUCUAAAAAGCACAAAUGCCUGUUACUGCAGGUGUUGGCGUUCCAAAACGUUUCCUGUGUGUGAUAAAUCGCACAUAAAACACAACGAGUUGACAGGGGACAAUGUGGGACCGCUCAUUCUGAAGAAGAAAGUUCUAUAAUCCAUCUUGUCAUCACAUUAUGAUCCUUAAGGUUUUUGUGAUUGUAGCUAUUUGUUUUAAUUUUAAUUUGUAUUUUAAUGUUUUUGCACCUCUCUGUACUCCCCUUCAGAUAAUGAGAAUCAAUAAUUGUGGCUAAUGUUUGAUUUUGUAUAAAUUCACAUGUUCGGAUCAAAGAAAAAGAUACAUGUCUGGAUUUCGAAGGCGUCAAAGUUCGAACUGUGUUUUGUUCUUCUGCCUCACUGGGCUGUUUUGGAAAACAUUUGUAAAAUGUCGAAAAAUUUGUUGAAAAAUACAUUCUUUUUGUCGAAUGUCGAAACUUUUAAAUUCACACGAAAUCCAGUCUUUUAAACUUUGACAUGAUGAUGAUACAUUUCACUGCCUUUGUCAAAAAUUUUGGAGAUGUGUGGCCAAACCACAUUCCUAUCCACUGCAUUUUGGAAAGGCAAGCUGUAUAAAAAAAACUGCACUUUUGAGGUGGACUAAGGUCCUUGGGCUCAUUAGCUGCGGACAUUAAAUUUCAAAACUAUUCCAAGAUUAGUCAGUAAUGACGCAAAUUAAAACUUAAGAUCCUGGGCAAUAACCCUUUCAUCACUACCUGUAGUUGCUGUUGGGGAUCUUUUUUCAAUUAGAGGGCAUUGACUUUAUAAAAAGGCAGUAAAGUGUUAAAUCCAUCAAUACCACCACAGUCUCUAUCGCUUCAAGCUAGUUAAAAUAAUACUAAUUUAUUUCCACUCUGAUACACUAGAUGUAAGUGAAGCUGUAGCUGUUAUAAAUAAGCACCAAGCUAUUUCAUUAGUAUGUUUUUGGUGUUUUGUGCUAAUGUUUAUUACAGUGGUGAAAACAGCUUCCUUACAUUUCCUUUUAAUCUUAUUUAAAGAUGCCUAAGACUUUCUAAAGGCAUUUUUUAACCUUUUAGUAGUUCCAGAACAGCAGGAAGGAGAAACAAAAAGGAAUGGGUUAUACAAGUUAGAAGCAGAAAAGCUGUGAGGAAAAUAAAAAAAACAUCAGAACUCCAUAUUGAAAGCUAGAUGUGUAAUCACGUUUUUGUCUUGUAUAUCAUAGCAAUUCUUUCCAUGAGUCCUGAAACUGUCCAUCUCUCUCUGACUAUAUUCUGGAAGCACUGUUACAGUCUACCAUUCAGUUGUUAUUUUUUGGUUUCAGUCUUGUGUGUCAGAUUCCCAAGUUUAUUUGUAAAAGUUAAAAGGUAAAAACCAAUACUAUUUAAGAACACAUGUCAGAUUCUAUGCUGAUUCAACUAAUUAUUAGCUUGAUAUGUUCCAUGAUUAAAUAAUUGUGUAAAAAAAUAAUAGAGAACAAUGUUUAAUAAUAAAAGUGUUUACAUCAA